GGGGAGUUGUCAGAGCGCAGAGGCAAGGAGCAGGAGCGAGAGAGAGAGAAAGAGUGUGUGAGCGAGUGAGAUUGAGAAAGCGAGAGAGAGACAGAGAGAGGGAGGGGUUGAGAGAGAGAGAGAGAGAGAGAGAGAGAGAGAGAGAGAGAGAGAGAGCGUUCUCUCCCGGUGCACUUGGCAGUUAGUUGCGGGCUGCUGUGCUGUUGCUGUCGUGGCGGUGUGGCUAGUCGCGGGGAACUUUAGCACACUGGAGCCCGAAGUCCCACUCUCUCACCUGCGCAGUUCGGAGCUGCCAUGGGUCUCGCGCCUGGAUUGACUAUCUUAAUCAUUCUGUCGGCCUUUCUGCACACGAGUGGCCUAUAUAUCGCCAGUAGCGUAGACUCCCUGCAGCAUGUCCUGGGGGAGUAUGGACUGGUGAGGCCCGUGAGCGUGGACGCAGACGGCCGCUUCCAGUCCCACGCCGUGUCGGCCGGCCGGCCGGGGGUGGGGGCGGGGCAGCCCCAUAGGCGCUGGAGGAGGGAGACCGGAGAGAACGGGGGAGGAGGAGGAGAUGAAGAAAGAGAGCAAAUGUACGAGGAGGAUGGAGGGCCCCGACACAGACAGCUUUACUACAACGUCACCGUCUUCGGCCGGGAGUUCCACCUGCGUCUGCGGCACAAUGCGCGACUGGUGGCCCCCGGAGCCAAGAUGGAGUGGCACGAUGAUAACGACAGCAACGGGACAGCCACGCGCUCCGAGCCACUGCAGGGAGACUGUUUCUACGUGGGUGACGUCACAGACACGCCCGGAGCCACCGUAGCAAUCAGCAACUGCGACGGCCUGGCUGGUAUGAUCAGGACAGAAGAGGAGGAGUUCUUCAUCGAGCCGGUGGAGAGGGGGAAUGGAGUGAUGGGGGAGGAGGAGGGAGGAGGAGGGCGUCAACACAUCGUCUACCGAUCCUCCUCUGUGAAGAAAAUGCCCGUCAGCGGCCUCGCGGCAGACUACCACUCUAGAGGUGCUGAUCUGCCUAGUAUGAUGGACCUGGAGUCCCUGUAUCGUGGUGUGGAGCAGAGCAUCAACCAGACCCGAGCCCAGAGACAGAGGAGACAGAGUCCAGAAAGAGCCUACAACAUCGAGGUCCUACUGGGGGUGGACGACUCUGUGGUGCAGUUCCACGGCAAGGAAAACGUCCAGAAGUACCUGCUCACACUCAUGAACAUCGUGAACGAGAUUUACCAUGACCACUCUCUGGGAGCCAGGAUCAACGUGGUGCUAGUACGAAUCAUCAUGCUUGGCUAUGGGAAGUCUAUGAGUCUGAUAGAGUUGGGAAACCCGUCUCAGAGUCUGGAGAAUGUGUGUCGCUGGGCCUUCCUGCAGCAGAAACAGGACACAGGAGAUGCAGAGUACCACGACCACGCUAUAUUCCUCACACGACAGGAGUUUGGGCCUACCGGCAUGCAGGGUUAUGCUCCAGUAACAGGGAUGUGUCACCCAGUAAGGAGCUGUACUCUGAACCACGAGGAUGGCUUUUCUUCUGCCUUCGUGGUAGCCCACGAGACAGGACAUGUGCUGGGUAUGGAGCACGACGGCCAGGGGAAUCGCUGUGGAGACGAGGUGCACAUGGGGAGCAUCAUGGCCCCGUUGGUCCAAGCUGCCUUCCACCGCUUCCACUGGUCCCGCUGUAGCCAGCAGGAGCUGGGACGUUACCUACAAUCCUACGAAUGUCUUCGUGAUGACCCCUACGAACAUAACUGGCCGUCCCUGCCCAGACUUCCUGGUCUGCACUACUCCAUGAACGAACAGUGUCGCUUCGACUUCGGCGUGGGCUACAUGAUGUGCACCGCGCUGCAAAAGGUGGGCCAGGCUGGAACACAGUACCGGACGUUUGACCCCUGCAAACAGCUGUGGUGCAGCCACCCUGACAACCCCUUCUUUUGCAAGACCAAGAAAGGACCACCCAUCGAUGGCACCAUGUGUGGGGAUGGGAAGCACUGCUUCAAAGGUCACUGUAUCUGGCUGACCAUUGACAUGAUAAAGCAGGAUGGUGGGUGGGACAUGUGGAGCCAGUUUGGGUCCUGUACUCGUACCUGUGGAGGAGGGGUGCAGUUUAGAACCCGUGAAUGCAACAACCCCAGACCUGCUAACGGAGGCCGUACCUGUCUGGGGACUAACCACCAGUUCCAGCUGUGUAACAGCCAGGAGUGUGAGGAGCUGUACAGUGACUUCAGGGAGGAGCAGUGCCGUAGCUUGGACCCUGAGUUUGAGUUCCACAACAACAAGCACCACUGGCUGCCUUAUGAACACACGGAACCUAAGCAGCGCUGCCACCUGCAUUGCCAGUCCACGGAGACCCGAGACAAGAUCAACAUGCAGAGGCUGGUCCAAGACGGCACGCGCUGCUCAUAUAAAGACCCCUACAGCGUGUGUGUGCGCGGGGACUGUGAGAAAGUAGGCUGUGACAGCGUGGUAGGGUCCUCCCAACAGGAGGACAAAUGUGGCGUCUGUGGAGGAGACAACUCCAGCUGCAAGAUCAUCAAGGGCAAUUUCACUCGCAGUGCCAAGAAACAAGGUUUCCUCAAAGUACUUGAAAUCCCUCGAGGGGCGAGACACCUACUAAUCCAAGAGAUUAAGCCAACCGCACACAUCCUAGCGGUGAAGAACCAGGCAUCAGGACAGUUCUUCCUGAAUGCAGAGGGAGACCUCCCAGAAUCCCGUGCGGUCAUAGAGAAGGGCGUGGAGUGGGAAUACAUGAAUAAUGACCAUGACAAGGAGACACUACAGACCAACGGACCACUCAGACACGGAGUCCUCAUCAUGGUGCAGUCCCAUGGAGAUGCCAAGGUGACCCUUUCCUAUAAGUACAUCAUCCACAUGGACCUGCUGUCUGCAAUAGAGAACAACAUGCUGCUGGAUGACACCUCCUUCUACGAGUGGGCCCUGAAGAAAUGGUCCUUCUGCUCCAAGCCCUGUGGGGGAGGUAAGCAGUAUACCCGGUUCGGCUGUAGAAGGAGAGCGGACAGUAAGAUGGUCCACCGACGCUACUGUGAGAACAUCAAGAAGCCUCGCGCCAUCAGCAGAGACUGCAACCAGAAGGAGUGCUCACAGCCUAUCUGGGAGGAUGGUCCGUGGGAGCCAUGCAGUAAGACGUGCGGUAAAACAGGGUACCAGGUGAGGUCCGUUCGCUGUGUUCAGCCCUUAGACAACGGCAACAAGCGCUCCAUUCACAGCAAGUACUGCAAUGACGACCGGCCUGAGGCACGCAGGCCCUGCAACAGAGAGCUCUGCCCUGCACAGUGGAGAGUAGGGCCCUGGUCACAGUGCUCGGUGACGUGUGCCAAUGGGACACAGCAGAGGCAGGCAUUGUGUCACACGCGUGACAACACCAUCGGUCUCUGCCUGGACAGCAAGCCAGACACCAUCCGCAUCUGUCGCUUGGCGCCAUGUCCAAGAGGCUCGUCGGACCUGAAUAAGAACGGCAACAUCCUGAUCCAGUGGCUGUCCCGCCCUGACCCAGACUUGCCCUACCAGAGGAACAGCUCACGCAAGCAGCGUUGUCAUGGAGACAGGUCAAUGAUCUGUCGCAUGGAGGUGCUGAUCCACUACUGCGCUCUACCAGGCUACAGGCGCAUGUGCUGCAAGUCCUGCAGCAACGUGACCAACAGCGGCCUGACCACCAGUCUCCCUCCCCGGGUCACAGCUUGCCCGCUGCCUCGCCCCCUGCCUCGACCUCUGCCUUGGCCCAAGGAUAACAACACCCCCCUUCAGCCCACGGUUCAUCCAAGAAGUACAAUGCAUAUACCUUAUACCACGCCGCGCCCGAUGAGCACAACACACACCUAUACGCCCCACCCAUACUUCACCACAUACCCCAUCCCCAUACACACGACACCAGAGCACAGUGUGACCCCCAGAGACACAACCAGAAGUUACCCCUUCUUCACCAUCUCCACCAGAACCAGCAUAUACACUACAACUCCCAGCAGCCUUUUUACUGACUCAAACGUUAACUUCACCUUUAUCCGCAAUGACACCACAGUGACCCCCAUUCACAGCUAUGACAUAACAGGGGCAGAAACCUCAACUCCCAGCAGCCCAUACUACAUGGAUGAUGUCCUAAAGCCAACUGAAACAAACUACUUUGAGGAUGUGACAUCGCCCAGUGGAACCAUCCCAUACACUGAUGUCACAAUGUCCAGCGGUGGUGAUGUCAUAAUACCUAGUGGAACCGUGCCCUAUGGCACUGAUGUCACAAUGCCCAUAGGAACCAUGCCUUAUGAUGAUGACGACAUCACAGUGACGAUUCCUACAGUGCCCAGGGAUGAUAUCAUAGAUAUGACCACCCUUGAUUGGCCGGAAAUCACGGAGUACAUAUCUGUGAGCUCCAUUGUUCCCACAACAACCACGGUAGGGCCAACAACAGAGUUAAUGACAGAGCAAAUGACAGCCAAGCCUCCCAUAACAACAACAACCAAAAAGCACAUGUGGCCGCUAAGCCACCAGGAGGAGACCAGCGAAAAUAACUCCAUUGACGUUCUCUACAACCAGAUCAUCGGAGUAGACAAUGUCAUCUCCCAAAACAACCUGAUCCCCAGACGGAGCCGGGUGUUCCUCCGGGAGAGAACACGGAACAAACGCAUCCAGGAACUCCUGGAGGAGAAGAGGAACUUUCUGUUGAGGAUGAAGCGGGCCCAGAGUGGUGCUGCUUGAUGAUGAUAGACCUUCCUUCCUCCCUAACACUCCCUUGAUUUCUCUUAUAGAGAUUUACCUACGUCUGCUAACAGACUGGAGUUAUUAUUUAACCUUUAACCUGCCUUGGUGCUCUCUAUCAGGUACUGACCCAUCACACACCCAGAGUCAUGGUACAGACAUACAGUACCAGUCAAAACUUUGGACACACCUACUCAUUCAAGGGUUUUUCUUCAUUUUUUACAUUUUUCUACAUUGUAGAACAAUAGUGAAGACAUCAAAACUAUGAAAUAAUGCAUGAAACAAAUGAAAAAUGUAUUUUAGAUGAUAGAUUCCUCAAAUUAGCCACCCUUUGCCUUGAUGACAGCUUUGCACACUCUUGGCAUCCUCUCAACCAACUUCAUGAGGAAUGAUUUUCCAACAGCCUUGAAGGAGUUCCCACAUAUGCUGAGUACUUGAUGGCUGCUUUUCCUUCACUCUGCGGUCCAACUCAUCCCAAACCAUCUCAAUUGGUUUGAGGUCCGGUGAUUGUGGAGGUCAGGUGAUUGUGGAGGCCAGGUCAUCUUACACAGCCUGGAGGGGUGUUGGGUCACUGUCCUGUUGAAAAACAAAUGAUAGUCCCACUAAGCGCAAACCAGAUGGGAUGGCGUAUACCUGCAGAAUGCUUUGGUAGCCAUGCUGGUUAAGUGUGCCUUGAAUUCUAAAUAAAUCACAGACAGUGUCACCAGCAAAGCACCCCUACACCUCCUCCUCCAUGUUUCACGAUGGGAACCACAUAUGCCGUUCACCUUCUCUGCGUCUCACAAAGACACGGCGGUUGGAACCAAAAAACUCAGAUUUGGACUCAUCAGACCAAAGGACAGAUUUUCACCGGUUUAAUGUCCAUUGCUCGUGUUUCUUGGCCCAAGCAAGUUUAUUCUUCUUAUUGGUGUCCUUAAGGAAUGGUUUCAUUGCAGCAAUUCGACUAUGAAGGCCUGAUUCACGCUGUUUCCUCUAAACAGUUCAUGUUGAGAUGUGUCUGUUACUUGAACUCUGAGUGCAGUUAAUAGCUGAUUUCUGAGGCUGGUAACUAACAAACUUAUCCUCUGCAGUAGAGGUAACUCUGGGUCUUCCAAGUCUGUGGUGGUCCUCAUGGGAGCCAGUUUCAUCAUAGCGCUUGAUGGUUUUGUGACUGUACUUGAACUGACGUCCAAAGUUCUUGACAUUUUCUGGAUUGACUGACCUUCGUGUCUUAAAGUAAUGAUGGACUGUCAUUUCUCUUUGCUUAUUUGAACUGUUCUUGCCUUAAUAUGGACUUGGUCUUUUACCAAAUAAGCUAUCUUCUGUAUACCACCCCCACCUUGUCACAACACAACUGAUUGGCUCAAAUGCAUUAAGGAAAGAUAUUCCACAAAUUAAGAAGCACACAUGUUAAUUCAAAUCAAAUCAAAUUGUUUUUGUCACAUGCGUUGAAUACAACAGGUUUAGACCUUACAGUGAAGUGCUUACUUUACAAGCCCUUAACCAACAAUGCAGUUUUAAGAAAAAAAGUUUUUAAAAAAAGAAAUAAAAGUAACAAAUAAUUAUUAAAGAGCAGCAAUAAAAUAACAAUAGUGAGGCUGUAUACUGGGGGUACCGGUACAGAGUCAAUGCGGGGUCACCGGUUAGUCAAGGUAAUUGAGGUAAUAUGUACAUUUAGGUAGAGUUAUUAAAGUGACUAUGCAUAGAUAAUAAACAAAGAGUACCAGCAGCGUAAAAGAGAGGGGGCCAUUUGAAUAGUCGGGGAACCCAUUUUAUUAGAUGUUCAGGAGUCUUAUGGCUUGGGGGUAGAAGCUGUUUAAAAGCCUCUUGGACCUAGACUUGGCACUCUGGCACCGCUUGCCGUGCGGUAGCAGAGAGAACAGUCUAUGACUAGGGUGGCUGGAGUCUAUGACAAUGUUUAGGGCCUUCCUCUGACUGCCUGGUAUAGAGGUCCCAGAUGGCAGGAAGCUUGGCCCUAGUGAUGUACUGGGCCGAAUGCACUACCCUUUUUAGUGUCUUGCUGUCGGAGGACCAUACCAGGCAGUGAUGCAACCAGUCAGGAUGCUCACGAUGGUGCAGCUGAAGAACCUUUUGAGGAUCGGAGGACACAUGCCAAAUCUUUUCAGUCUCCUGAAAAAAAAGGUUUUGUUGUGCCCUCUUCACGACUGUCUUGUUGUGCUUGUUAGUUUGCUGGUGAUGUGGACAACAAGGAACUUGAAACUCUCAACCUGCUCAACUACAGCCCCAUCGAUGAGAAUUGGUGUGUGCUCAGUCCUCCUUUUCCUGUAGUCCACAAUCAUCUCCUUUGUCACUUUGAGGGAGCGGUUGUUGUCCUGGCACCACACGGCCAGGUCUCUGAUCUCCUGCCUAUAGGCUAUCUUGUUGUUGUCAGUGAUCAGGCCUACCACUGUUGUGUCAUCGGCAAACUGAUGUUGGAGUCGUUCCUGGCCGUGCAGUCAUGAGUGAACAGGGAGUACAGAGGAGGGGACUGAACACGCACACCUGAGGGGCCCCCGUGUUGAAGAUCGGCAUGACGGAUGUGUUUUUACCUACCCUUUCCACCUGGGGGUGGCCCAUCAGGAAGUCCAGGAUCAAGUUGCAGAAGGAGAGGUGUUUAGUCCCAGGGUCCUUAGCUUAGUGAUGAGCUUUGAGGGAACUAUGGUGUUGAACACAGAGCUGUAGUCAAUGAAUAGCAUUCUCACAUAGGUGGUCCUUUUGUCCAGGUGUGAAAGAGCAGUGUGGAGUGCAAUAGAGAUUGCUCUGGGUCUUCCAAGUCUGUGGUGGUCCUCAUGGGAGCCAGUUUCAUCAUAGCGCUUGAUGGUAAUUGCAUUAUCUGUCGAUCUGUUGGGGCGGUAUGCAAAUUGGAGUGGGUCUAGAGUUUCUGGGAUAAUGGUGUUGAUGUGAGCCAUGACCAGCCUUUCAAAACACUUCAUGGCUACAGACGUGAGUGUUAUGGGUCAGUAGUCAUUAAGGCAGGUUACCUUACUGUUCUUGAGCACAGGGACUAUGGUGGUCUGCUUGAAACAUGUUGGUAUUGCAGACUCAGACAGGGAUAAAUUGAAAAUGUCAGUGAAGACACUUGCCAGUUGUUCAGCGCAUGCUCGGAGUACACGUCCUGGUAAUUCGUCUGGCCCUGCGGCCUUGUGAAUGUUGACCUGUUUAAAGGUCUUACUCACAUCGUCUACGGAGAGUGUGAUCACACAGUAUGGGGACACUGUCAUCGAUGCUCUUAUUGAUGAAGCCAGUGAUUGAUGUGGUGUACUCCUCAGUACCAGCGUAAUAAUCCCUGAACAUAUUCCAGUCUGUGCUAGCAAAAGAGUAUUGUAGCUUAGCAUCUGCUUCAUCUGACCACUUACUUAUUGACCGAGUCAGUGCUUCCUGCUUUAGUUUUUGUUUGUAAGCUGGAAUCAGGAAGAUAGAAUUAUGGUCAGAUUUGCCAAAUGGAGGGUGAGGGAUAGCUUUGUACGCAUCUUUGUGUGUGGAGUAAAGGUGGUCUAGAGUUUUUUCCCUCUGGUUGCACAUUUAACAUGCUGGUAGAAAUUAGGUCAAACAGAUUUAAGUUUCCCUGCAUUAAAGUCCGCGGCCACUAGGAGCACCGCCUCUGGAUGAGCAUUUUUCUGUUUGCUCAUGGCCAUAUACAGCUCGUUGAUUGCAGUCUUAGUGCCAGCAUUGGUUUGUGGUGGUAAAUAGACAGCUAUAAAGAAUAUAGAUAAACUCUCUUGGUAGAUAGUGUGGUCUACAGUUUAUCAUGAGAUACUCCACCUCAGGCGACAAAACCUUGAGAGUUCCUUAGAUAUUGUGCCUCAGAUGUUGUUUACAAAUAUACAUAGACCGCCACCCCUUGUCUUACCAGAGGCUGCUGUUCUAUCCUGCCGAUACAGUGUGUAACCCAUCAGCUGUAUGUUAUUCUUGUCGUCGUUCAGCCACAACUCGGUGAAACAGUUUUUAAUGUCCCGUUGGUAGGAUAUACAUUCUUGUAGUUUGUCCACUUUAUUAUCCAGUGAUUGUAUGUUGGCCAAUAGUACCGAUGGCAAAGGCAGAUUAGCCACUUGUCACCAGAUACUUACAAGGAACCCCGAUCUCCUUCUGCGAUAUCUCUCUCCUUUUCUCCUGCGAAUGACAGGGAUGAGGGCCUCGUCGGGUGUCUGGAGAAAUUCCCUCUCGUUCGACUCAUUAAAGAAAAAUUGUUCGUCCAGUUUAAGGUGAGUAAUCGUUGUUCUGUUGUCUAGAAGCUCUUUUCGUUCAUAAGAGAUGGUAGCUGCAAUAUUAUGUACAAAAUAAGUUACAAACAAUGUGAAGAAAAAAAAAUAGCAUGGCUGGUUAAGAGCCCAUUAAACGGCAGCCAUCCCCUCCGGCGCCAUUACACAAAUGCAUUCCAGGUGACUACCUCAUGAAGCUGGUUGAGAGAAUGCCUAGAGUGUGCAAAGCUGUCAUCAAGGCAAAGGGUGGCUACUUUGAAGAAUCGCAAAUAUAAAACAUAUUUUGAUUUGUUUAACACUUUUUGGUUACUUCAUUAUUCCAUAUGUGUUAUUUUAUCGUUUUGAUGUAUUCACUUUUAUUCUACAAUGUAGAAAAUAGUACAAAUUAAGAACAACCCUUGAAUGUGUGAGGUGGUAAGGUUGGACCCAGGAGCAGAGAAGAGCCCAGACAAGGAAUCAGUGGUUCAGGAUAAACAUAAUAUUUUACUGAGAUACGGUAACCACAGGAUCACAGUACACUUGAAAAAACAACAAACACUAAGUCUCGAAAACACACUCAGGAAAUAACCGCACACAGUAAACAAUUCACGCUUCUGCAAAGGACCACAGAAAACACCUCUUUUAACAGGUACACAAGCUUGAAAUAAUAAGACACUCCUGAGUCCAAUAAAAGCCUCUAGGGCGGUCUCUGCCACCCUCUGGUGCCAGGAAGAACCAUGACAGAAUGAGAAGGUGUGUCCAUACUUUUGACUGGUACUGUACACACUGACCUAUUUGUUUACACACACACACACACACACACACACAGAAACACACACACACCAUAAAGACAGACAGGCAUACAGCCACAUGGCAGGAUAGAACAAAAAAACAAAGCCAGAUGGUUUUCACAGUUGUUUUAAAUAAAACAAAGUCCCUUUAGGAUACGAAUCUGAAACCCUUUCCGAUCCAAAGCGGAGGUCUGGUUGUAAAGGCUGAGAGUAAAGCCAGAUGUGAUGUGGACUGUACAUCCUCUUGGACCCGCACAUUAACAAGGACAACUUUUACCUAUCCAAACCUCCCACAGUGUGUUUAAGAGCAAGGCACAUACAGUAGAGAUGUACUUCUCUUUCAUAAGCAGCACACUCAUGGAUAAUCUCAAGGCGUGAAUAGUUUCAGGCCAUUCAAUUCAAUAAACUAAUUUAAAUGAAGACUUAUCCCCAACAGCACUUAAGGACCCAUGUAAACUCAUCCCAAACAGAUCUGACACACCAUGUUAGAUUACAGCCUAUUACUGCAGUUGAUAUAUCUGUGAGUCACUCAGACAUGAAUACCACUCUGGUCCCAUAUAAUGAAACAUAUUAGAUAGCAAGUGUCCCUAUGUGUCUGUGUCCAGGGGUACGUCCCAAAUGGCACCCUAUAGGCCCUGGUCCAAAGUAGUGUGUUAUAAAGGGAGUAAGCUGCCAUUUGGCACGCAACCUAGAGCUUUCUGAGUACUGAGUACUAUACAGGGCAGACAGACACUCUGCACGGGAGGUUUGGAGAUAUAAAAACAGACUAUGCUACAUCAAAACACCAGGGCUCCAUCUCAAUAGUUUAAAGUGGCUUUUACUCUCCUUUCGGCUCCUCAACGUCGUCCGCACGGAUGAUAACGAGCUGGAAUGGAGAAAGCACAUACCUGGUGGUUAUCCACCGUAGUGCAUACACAUACCCUGUCGUCGUCCGCCCCCCAGGAGAAGAAGCCACAUUUCGACUGUAAAGAUGAACCUCCCCGAGUAUCUCACAUCCCCCAGAAUAUUCCUUCUCCUGGUUGUGUUAAAGCUAUGGAAGCUAGUGGUUUAGCGUUGUGCUGCCAAUGUCCACGAGUCAUCUAUGUCGGACUCUGUUCACAUGCUUCCUUCUGCUGCUUCUCACAGAGAGUCAACGAGUAAGAACUCUGGGGGACUAUGGAGGGCCACAGCUGACAACUCUGUUGGAUUAUAUUGGUGCUCUAUUGAACUGUAUGUCAUUUUUUACAAAACGAUUACACAUUACACAUGGUAAUAUACAGUGUCAUAUGUCAUAUGAAUUUAAUUGAGGGAAAUCACAAAUCAGGUUUUUGAGUUGAAAUGGUCAGUGGUGGUGGAAUGCUUUUAUUCUUGGUGCUGAAAGCAAUGCCCCCGAAAGAGUCACAGGAACCUUAUCAAGAAACUUGUGUGUAUUAUAUUUUCAAAGAGCCCCCCCCCAAAAAAAGACAAAAAUAUAAAUAACUAUUUGUAUCUACUGCAUAGACGCUUUCAGGGCCAGCUGUCUUGUUUUUAUUGUAUUUUAUUUCUAACAGUUGUCUUAUUAUCGGCGCAUUUUGCCUUGCAUCUGCUGCAAAAGCACCUAGGAAUCUCUCUGUACGAUAUCUGUACAUAUGAAUCAGAGCUCAGUGUUGAAUAUUUAUUAACGGUCCAGCGCCUGAUGUAUUUUGGCACAUUGGGUGUUGCGUGAUGAUCCUGUUCUAAUGUCUACAAUGAGUCUCUCGCUUCUUUUCGCUCUCCUCACCGACCACUAGGGGGAAGCAGAAUAGCACAUGUAGUAAGUAUCUACAUACUGCAUACUGGCUUCUGCUUUGAGUCAAAGUACCUCUCUAUCGACAGUACUUGUGCUGUGCUCUGCAGUUCAUUAUGUUAACACGUUGUUCUAUAGAAUAUGUAUGCAUAGGAGAUCAGCUCUUACACGAGCAUUUCUUUGAAUAACACUAUAAACCCUUCAGACAUGGCUUAUAGACAUAGAAGUGCACACAUGCGCGCGUGCACACACACACACACACACACACACACACACACACACACACACACAAACAAACAAAAACAGACACACAUACACACAUACACACAUACACAUGCUCACACUCUUUCCCUCACCGUAAUGUUGCCGAAACACAGGGAACACCUACAUUCAGCUCCCGAUCUCUCUCUCUGUCACAGCCGCAGUGCUUUGUCUCAUAGCAACCUCCUUUCUGUACAUGAGUUCCUCUCUCUAACUAAUCACAUUUGUUGGGUGGGUGGGUGGGUCAGUGGGUGGCUGGGUGUGUGUAUGUGCGUGUGUAUGAGGUCUAUCCUUGUAUAUAAUGUCGGUCACGGAUGUGUCAGGAUGGAGUGUGACAGGCGUCACUUGAACUGCUGCCUUUCUCAUCACUGUGAAACUGCACACAGGAAGAACUACAACUAUGAAAGGGUUUGGAGAUCAAAGGGCCUUGCUGACUAGGGCUGUAAAACAUGGCUGUUUAUGAUCGAGAAUUUGUGAUAUUUUCCAUGCGUUCCCAUUCAGAAUUGAACAUUGUAACCUUGACUUUAAGACCCAAGUGGGCGACUCGGAAGAAUGAGGACAGCUAAAGUGGUGGGUGGAUGACACAUUUUGGUAUUUUUAACAAAUUCUAUGAUUUACACACACACACACACACACACACACACACACACACACACACACACACACACAUACAUACAUACAUACAGACAAAUAAAUACAGAAAAAAAAGUAGUAAUCUUUUUUUGAGUCAUUUUUUGGUGCUUUGACAUAUCCAAAUAAUGAAAUAAUAAUUUAUCCUGAAGGUUGGACGGUUUGAGAAAGACUGAAUGACCAUUGUUGUUUCUGUGCAAUUCAAAAACAAUUUAGGCUUCUGGAAAAUUUAUAUUUUUGUCUGGGGUUUUUCGACUAAUCUGGUGAAUGGUUCAAAUUGACAGACAAGGAUGUUUGUCUCACCCCCAAAUAACUCAGAGCCCAGUUCCAUGAAACACAACGGGGUUGGUUAUAUCACAGUUUCAUAGAAAAGCGAUUUGGGAAGUGGCAUCCUGCUGGUAGACCUCAAUGGCUCAACACAUGUAGGUCACUCUGCCACAGACAACAUAUUGACUCCUCUCCUCUCCUCUCUCCUCUCCCCAAACACCUUUCUCCUCUAUUAGCAGCGGGAAAUAUAUUUGCUUUUUUUAAUGCUAAUUUACGUCUGACAAUAUUCAUUUUGACUUCAAUAUGUUGUUCCCAAGCAUUUCAAAUAUAGCAGUCAGAUGUUGAUGUCAUGUUCCUUUUAAUUAUUAUAUUUGUUUUGUUCCUGUUCUGAAUGAAUGAAUGUCUGUUCCGGUUUGAUCAUGGAGAAUAUAUCUGAACAUGUUGUUGUUGGGAACAGUCAGUAUUGUACGUUUGAGUCAGUGUGUACGUCUCUCCUGUGCUGCCUCCUGUUCAUAAGGGCUAAAUGAACUAGCAUGUGGCUUGCUCCUCACACUGCACUGACAGCACGUGUCUCAACGUCUUUAUUAUGGCCAUAUCCGUCUCUAACCAUCUGUGUGUGUGUGUGUGUGUGUGUGCGUGCGUGCGUGUAUCUAAUAUGAAUCAGAGUGAGGCACUCGCUAGCUGCUGUCUCUUAUGACUGCUCACAUUAGAGGGUCUAAAAAAAGCAAGGGAUCUUUUUUUAGAGAUGAGAUGUCAAGAUGGAGUAUAAGUAAUCUCUUCAUAAGCAUACACACACACACACACGCACACACACAACAUUGCAUUAAGUGUUUAUGUGGCUGCACCACCACCAAUAAUGCCCUAUGACAUCCUGACCCCCACCCAGCCAUUGAAGUUGUCUAUCGCAAACAAACACCAACACUCUCUGCCCUGCUCGUCAAAGAACGCUGCCUGCACUGACAAGGUGGUCUUUCUCUCGUUCUCCCUCCCCUCUAUGUGUGAUGGUGUGAAUAACCAGUUGAGGACAUUGCCUUCUUCUGUUUCCUCAUCUCUCAGAGAAAUUAGAUUUCCUUGGAACCCAGUGAUGUCUGCCAGGCAUGGCUUCAGAGAAUAAAUUAAUGGUGUUAUGAUGUGGUUUAACCAGGGCUUCUUCAGGUCGUAUACUCAGCUCUGUUGCAUAAGCACUGGGAAGUUGGUUGAGGGUCCUGAGACAGAAUUAACUGUAUUGAUAGUUUUGUCCGUUUUGCCAUUGUUGUUUUGGAUACACAUACAGAGAGUGACUUGGGGAGACUUGGCCUCUGGUGAAGUGUCCUGUGAUCAUAUAUCUAUCUACCAGAUUUGUCUAUGAAUCAUCACACACACACACACACACACACACACACACACACACACACACACACAUAUAAUUGAAUUGUAUAGAUCACCUAGAACACUAUACAAAGUUCAUAUACGCUGAGUGUACAAAACGUUAGGAACACCUACCUAAUAUUGAGUUGCAUCCCCAUUUGCCCUCAGAACAGUCUCAAUUCAUCGGGGUAUGGACUGCAAGUUGUCGAAAUCGUUCCACAGGGAUGCUGGCCCAUGUUGACUCCAAUGCUUCCCACAUUUGUGUCAAGUUGGCUGUAUGUCCUUUGGGUGGUGGACCAUUCUUGAUACACACAGGAAACUGUUGAGCGUGAAAAACCUAGCGGCGUUGCAGUUCUUGACACUCUCAAACUGGUGCGCCUGGCACCUACUACCAUACCCCGUUCAAAGGCACUUGAAUCUUUUGUCUUGUCCAUUCACCCUCUGAACGGCACAUAUACACAAUCCAUAUACACAGCAUACACAAUCGGCACAUAUACACCGUCUCAAUUGUUUCAAGGCUUAAAAAUCAUUAUUUAACCUGUAACCUCCCCUUCAUCUACACUGAUUGAAGUGGAUUUAACAGGUGACAUCAAUGAGGGAUCAUAGCUUUCCCCUGGAUUCACCUGGUCAGUCUAUGUCACGGAAAGAGGUGUUCCUAAUGUUUUGUACACUCACUGUACGUAAUGGUUCAUAUGGUUGUUGAUGUGAAUUGGGUCAAGAUGUUCAGAAGAGGGUGUAGUGGGUUUAAAGUGGUACCUCUGAAAAUUCAAAGCUGUUACCCAACUCGUCAACAGCUCCUUGAUGGGAGCAGCUGAUCAGGGUAAAUAGACCGCCCAUCUCCAUCUCUAUUCAUUGUUGGACUCAAAGAGCAGAAGGACAGGAAUAGAGCACUCAGCCCAACAGGACACACACACACAAGGCCAACCUCACACAUUAUGGCAUCAGUAACAUUAUCAGAGAUAUUGAGGCUACAUUCUACCACAUGCUACAGUACCACUUUAUAGGGGUUCUAUGUUUUAUCAAGACAUUUUGUAUCAGAUAAGCAUUGGUCUAGUAUACCAGCUUUAUUCUAUACCGGAGCCAAUUACAGCCUGAUAAUGAACAGGGGUAGAUUUAGACUUUUCCUGUUUUCACAACUCUCAAUCUGUUCCCCCGUUCCUACUUCUGCUCUUUUGGAACUCCCCACUCGACUUCUAUUUAUAUUUUUCUCAAUCUCUUCAUCUACCUCCAUCUCUUUCUGUCUCUAUCCAUCAACACAAGCAUCCAAUGACAGUGCUCUGGGGUAGGAAAUGGAGGACGGUGCUAUAUUUAGAAUCAGGGAAGGAGGGCAGAUUGAGGGAGCAAAUGAGAGAGAGAGAGAGAGAGAGAGGGAGGAGAUACAUCUACAUUCUACUGCUGCCUCAGGACAGACACAGUCGGAAACAGAACUACAGAGAGCACUCAGAGACGAGCGUCGCUAAUUCUCCUUUUUUUUGAAGACACAGAUCUUAUCUGCACAGAUAUUCACACAUUCUACUAAAGAGUUGACUAAAGAGUUGAUGCGAGAAAGCUGGAUAUACACUACAGUAGCAAAGAACAGAGAAAGAGGAAGAGACUUGGAUAUACACUCUACAACUCUUAUUACAGCAGCCAUGCGUCCUAGAUCCAAACUCCUGUCCCAGAAGAGGAGACUACAGCUUCCCACCAUCAGAGAGGGCUACGAGGACCGAGUCAGAGACAUGACCCAGUUGAAUCAGAUGAACCAGUCCAACACCCUCCACUCCGCCCAGCCUACCACUCACCCAGGGCCCUGCCCACACACUCUCUCCUCAGAGGACUACCUGCUGUCCAUAUGCCACCUGGCUCACCCCACCUCCCUUCCCACCAAUGACAUUAUCAACCCUCGCCAGCAGGACUCGCUGCACCACAGGCCGAGGCUGCUGCGGCUCGCUGUGCAAGAUGAAAACUCUCCAAAGACCACUGCACUUUGUCACAGGGGAAAGGCUCAUGGUAAGGACAGGGUGGAGCCUGGGAUGUACUCUGACCUCAUUACUGUGUGCGGAGGACAGGAGCAAGAUUCCAACUGUAGCAAGCCUGCGUUUGGUCGCCAUGGUGCGUCAGAUCCUUUAGAAUUCCUGUACAGCAGCCCCACCCACUUCACCUGUCAAUCAGGGAAUGGGAGGCAGUGAUUGGGUUUGAGGAGACACUGGGUGGUGUCUGAGGGCCAGUCCUGCCCACGGGCACACAGUUAACCCCGCUCUUGCCCCUCUGGCAUCCAGCAGCAACGUAAGAGCAGCUGUCCUAAGUUCCGUGAUACAGCCACCCCUGACUGUGCCCCCUCUCUCUCUUACCUCACCACACAGCCCUCACAGACAUACACACCUACACAGGACUCUGCAGAACAGCUACAGGCUAGGAUAGGUGGCCCGUCUAACAAAGCAAACGAGGUGGGUGAAGGGAGAGGGAAAGAGAGGAAGGAGGAGAGGAAAAGGGAGAGCUCCACGGUCAAACAUUCGCUGAUCUCUCAGUGGAUGUCAAGAUUGUCCCUGUGCCUGGAUGGAGGCCCGUGUACGAGCUUGCAUUCUGCCUACCAUCGCAGAUAUGUAAAGGCACCAGAAUCACUGAACCACAUCAACAGUCCAUAGACCUAUAUGACAGGAUAUGUACAAUGACAAGACACCACAGUUUCACUAUGACAAUAGAUACCUGCUGAAAUGUUUGUUUGUUAAAAAAAAAAGUUUUAAUUUAAUAUCUGAAACAUGCAAUAUACUUGCAGUGAAGCCGCUCAACAACUACAUCAUACCAGUCAUCCAACAGACUCCCAUUCAACAACUACAUCAUACCAGUCAUCCAACAGACUCCCAUUCAACAACUACAUCAUACCAGUCAUCCAACAGACUCCCAUUCAACAACUACAUCAUACCAGUCAUCCAACAGACUCCCAUUCAACAACUACAUCAUACCAGUCAUCCAACAGACUCCCAUUCAACAACUACAUCAUACCAGUCAAAUCAAAUCAAAUCAAAUUUUAUUUGUCACAUACACAUGGUUAGCAGAUGUUAAAUGCGAGUGUAGCGAAAUGCUUGUGCUUCUAGUUCCGACAAUGCAGUGAUAACCAACAAGUAAUCUAACUAACAAUUCCAAAACUACUGUCUUAUACACAGUGUAAGGGGAUAAGGAAUAUGUACAUAAGGAUAUAUGAAUGAGUGAUGGUACAGAGCAGCAUACAGUAGAUGGUAUCGAGUACAGUAUAUACAUAUGAGAUGAGUGUGUAGACAAAGUAAACAAAGUGGCAUAGUUAAAGUGGCUAGUGAUACAUGUGUUACAUAAGGAUGCAGUCGAUGAUGUAGAGUACAGUAUAUACAUAUGCAUAUGAGAUGAAUAAUGUGGGGUAAGUAACAUUAUAUAAGGUAGCAUUGUUUAAAGUGGCUAGUGAUAUAUUUACAUAAUUCCCAUCAAUUCCCAUUAUUAAAAUGGCUGGAGUUGGGUCAGUGUCAAUGACAGUGUGUUGGCAGCAGCCACUCACUGUUAGUGGUGGCUGUUUAACAGUCUGAUGGCCUUGAGAUAGAAGCUGUUUUUCAGUCUCUCGGUCCCAGCUUUGAUGCACCUGUACUGACCUCGCCUUCUGGAUGAUAGCGGGGUGAACAGGCAGUGGUUCGGGUGGUUGAUGUCCUUGAUGAUCUUUAUGGCCUUCCUGUAACAACGGGUGGUGUAGGUGUCCUGGAGGGCAGGUAGUUUGCCCCCGGUGAUGCGUUGUGCAGUCCUCACUACCCUCUGGAGAGCCUUACGGUUGAGGGCGGAGCAGUUGCCGUACCAGGCGGUGAUACAGCCCGCCAGGAUGCUCUCGAUUGUGCAUCUGUAGAAGUUUGUGAGUGCUUUUGGUGACAAGCCGAAUUUCUUCAGCCUCCUGAGGUUGAAUAGGCGCUGCUGCGCCUUCUUCACGACGCUGUCAGUGUGAGUGGACCAAUUCAGUUUGUCUGUGAUGUGUAUGCCGAGGAACUUAAAACUAGCUACCCUCUCCACUACUGUUCCAUCGAUGUGGAUAGGGGGGUGUUCCCUCUGCUGUUUCCUGAAGUCCACAAUCAUCUCCUUAGUUUUGUUGACGUUGAGUGUGAGGUUAUUUUCCUGACACCACACUCCGAGGGCCCUCACCUCCUCCCUGAGUCCAACAGACUCCCAUUCAACAACUACAUCAUACCAGUCAUCCAACAGACUCCCAUUCAGAGAGACACACAGAAGCAUCCAGGGUCAAUACCCUGCUCAAGGGCACGUGGACUGAUCUCCCACCAGGCUAAAAAACCUGAACCCUCCAAGAUCCCCCCACAGUUCCCCAAUAGCUGUCCCUCAACCAUUCGAGACCCCUCCCACAGCCCCCCAAGAAUAUAUAUAUAUAUAUAUUUUUUUUUUUAUACAAUUAAUUCCAUUCCCCACCCCCAAGAACCCCCACAAUGCACCAACAACCAAGAGAAUGAACUAAAGACAAAAAAGUAAAAGACCUGCUGAAUUGACACGACAGCAACUAUAGAUGCUGAUCUAUGACAAAUGUCACUGAACUAUACAAUGAGUGUACAAAACAUUAAUAUUGAGUUGCACCCCUUUUUGCCCUCAGAACAGCCUCAAUUCAUUGGGGCAUGGACAUUACAUGGUGCCAAAAAAUGAAUAGAUUUUUUUAUUUUUAUUAAACAUGUUUUUAAUACAGUGUCUGUCAUGAUUUUUAACCUGUGACCCUUUACAGAGGCAUGAUAACUUGUUGUUGUGCACAUUAAAUGUCAGAAACCCAAUA